AUGAACCGCACGGUGCAGACGGUCCAAGAGGAUGUCGACGCUAUCGUGCCGUACAGCAUGCACGUCUCGUCGCGGUACCUCGCGCUCACGAAGCAGAAACUCGAGCUCACGCGGCUCCCGCGCGAGAACGAGACGCUGGGGCCAGCCGAGCAGUGGGCGCUGGGCACGCCGAAGAGCGUGCUGGAGCCGCUAUUGGACCACUGGCUCGAGACGUACGAUUGGCGUGCUGAGGAGGACGCCUUCAAUUCGACGCUGCCGCAGUUCCGCACGCGGGUUUCGCUUUCCCCAGGCGCGCGUGGGGGAGAUCAGAAACCUGCGCGUACGCACUUUGUGCAUAAACGCUCAGCGCACGCAAGUGCGGUGCCGCUGCUGUACUGCCACUCGUGGCCAGGCAGCUUCGUUGAGGUGCAGCGCAUCAUUGAUCAGCUUGCGAGUCCGGAGGGAGAGGGGGAGCUGGCUUUCCACGUCGUGUGUCCGAGUAUACCAGGCUUUGGGUUCAGUGAUGCGAGUGAGGACCCUCAAUUUGGGGUCCAUGGCGCAGCGGAGGUGUUUGCAGGGUUGAUGAGGAGGUUGGGGUAUGAGCGGUGGGUCGUCUGUGGUAGCGGGUGGGGAUUUGAGAUUUGCCGCGCGCUGGCAAUUAGGGAGCCUAAGAGGUGUCUCGCUGUGCAUACAUGCAAUCCCCAGUUCAAUGCACCAACGGUUAAGGACCAGCCGCUGCUGUGGGUGAAAUGGCACCUGGCAAGACUGACGAAGGCGAAGUACCUACCCAGCGAUGAGCUUUGGAUACCUCCCCUCAGAGCUUACCGCAGUACCACCGACACUCUCGCCUUCUCGCUGUGCGAUUCUCCCAUCGGACUGCUGGCUGUUCUGUUGGAUCUCGUGUCUGCGCAGGGGCCUGGGCCAUCUGUAAACACAAGACCAAGAUUACCAUUUUGGGACCCAGGGGAGCUGAAGAUGCCGGAACGAGAAGAGGGAGCAGCUGGACACGAAACGGCAUCCUCGGACCUGCUGUACAUGCCAUGCUCGAUCUGGGGUGUUUGUGCCUUGACACGUGCUUGGUUCGAUGCGGCCCGGAUCGACGAUGUCUGGAGCGUCGUCUAG